CACACCGCCGCGCGGAUUAUUUCGGUCGCCGCGAGCCCAUCCGAGGUUGCGAAACAUCCCGUGCGCUUUCCGCGGUCCGCGCUCGCCUCUCGACUCUCGUCGCAGCGAGCGGCGGAGUCGCGGGGCUACAUUCUCUCGCUCGGAGUGCGUCGUCACGGCCUCCGUGGCGUUGCGCCAUUUCGAAACGCUCGCGUCUGUCCUCCGUCCUCCGCCGCGGCCGCGUUCCGAGGAGCGAGGACACGGAGCCGCAGGGCUGAUAGCGAUCGGGCAGCGCGGCAACCGAGCGUGACCGCGCGCGCUCAUGCCCGGCGCCCGACAUGAAUGAGCGGCCCAGCGGCUCGCCACCGCUGGGUAAACAUCGUAAAUCAGAGCCGUGUUUACAGUUUUUGCUCGCCCCGUCUUUGUCCGGCGCGGGCGGCGCCGCGCGGCGAGCUAGUGCGCGCUAGCCCGCCGAGCGCCCGUGUCGCCCGCGGCACGUCCGAGUGAAUUAUGGCUAGGUGCAUAUACGCCGUGCACUACACUACACUACACAUACCUACACCGCACGCAUAGCUAUAGCUGUGUGCAGCGAAGGCUGUACCUACCUACUCAAACAAAGCAUUUCGCCCACAAAUCCAUAGUGCGGGGCUCCCGCGCCGGACCUCGCCAGUCGCACAACCGCGCGCCGCUCCCGACCCCGGUCCCGGUGAUGUCACGCGAUAUUACUGAGUUUUCCAACAUCUGUGACUGUCAAUUGUUAAUUUUAGUCUGCAUUUUGAGGUUAGGUUGUGAUUUGUGCCAUUAAUGCGAGUCUCGCUCGUGUCGGGGCCGUGAACCGGGGCCAGGGCCGCGUGCGGAGCCCUGUUGGCUCGGGGGCGCAGCCUCGCGGCACGCGGGCGUGGAGUGUGCAGUGUUGGUGCAUUUUUUAGUGUGCAGUGAUGGCAGUGAGAACAUAGUGCAGUGACAAGUGCUUUUAGUGCCGGAUACCACAACAUCAGUGUGGAGACUUUGGGGGCCCAUGUAAUACAGGCCGUCCUAAUGCUCAGGGAGGAGGGCUCAGAGAAGAAGGGCUCGGAGGGGCAGGACGAUGGCUACGAGACGAGCAACAGCGGCGAGGCGCGCCGCAAGCCCUCCAGCGCCGAGGGCUCCCCCGCGCCCGUCGCCCCCGCGCCACCCGUCCCACACGACCCUUCCCCCGCCCCACCCACCCCGCACAACCCCUCCCCCGAGCAAGAGCUCGAGCCGGAACCCGAGCAUGAGCCAGAACCUUACGAGCUGAUGCAACGCCACUACCCUUACAGACAUUUCGAGCAGCCCCAACCGCAGCCCGAUUACCCAUUCUUCCCUAAAUACUCGGACCCUUACGGGUUCAAGCGCGAGCCUGACGCGCCGUACGACAUGUCACAUCACGGCCACCACUACCAGCCGCAGCCACAUCCACACCAACACCCUCAUCAACAACACCAUAAAAGAGAUGAAGACAUGUAUAAUGGUGUUAAACGUGAAUGCGACGACCCUUACUCGUUCGUGGAAGAGGACGCGAUGUGCGCGAUGCUCGGCGCCCCGCAGCACCACACGCUGGAGCCGCACCAGCACCACCAGCAGAUGCACCAGCACCCGCACGCGAUGCAUCCGCAGCAUCCGCAGCACCACAUGCAGAUGCAUCCGCAGAUGAUGCUCAACCAGCCGAAGAAGAGAGGGCGGAAGAAGAAGAUUAAGGACGAGAAUGGGAUGGAGAUAAAACUAGAGGGCCAAGAGGUCCGACCGGUGAAGGAGCGCAAGAAGCACGACCGUUUCAACGGCAUGAGCGAGGAGGAGGUGGCGCGCCGCACGCUGCCAGACCACCUCGCCGAGAACCUCGACAUCAUCAUUAUCGGCAUCAACCCCGGGUUGUUCGCGGCGUACAAGGGGCACCACUACGCGGGCCCCGGCAACCAUUUCUGGAAGUGUCUCUAUCUCUCCGGGUUGACUCGGGAACAGAUGAGCGCCGACGAGGACUACAAGUUGCUGAACUUCGGCAUCGGGUUCACGAACAUGGUGGGUCGCGCGACCAAGGGGUCCGCCGACCUCACGCGGCGGGAGAUCAAAGAAGGCUCUGCAGCUUUACUGGAUAAACUGCGCGCCUUCCGCCCCAAGGUGGCGGUGUUCAACGGCAAGCUGAUCUACGAGGUGUUCUCGGGCAAGAAGGACUUCUGCUUCGGCAAGCAGCCCGACACCAUCGCCGGCACCAACACGUACAUGUGGGUGAUGCCGUCAUCUUCGGCACGCUGCGCGCAACUCCCUAGAGCGGCCGACAAAGUACCCUUCUACGCGGCGCUCAAGAAGUUCCGCGACUACCUCAACGGCCUCGUGCCUCACAUCGACGAGGCCGAGCUCAUCUUCCCCGACAACACCUCCCGCCGCCCGCAGGAGGAGAUGGAGAUACGCAGACUCACCAUGGAGCCCGAGCCCGGGGACACCAUCAUCCUGGAGGACGGCACGGAGGUCCCGCUGAAGAAGAAGCGCGGCCGCCCCAAGAAGGUGAAGCUCGAGAACGGCGAGGUGGCGCCGCCGCAGCCGCGCCAGCCCCGCCAGCCGCGCCAGCCCGCGCCGCCGCACGACCCCGCCGCCGGCGACCUGCCGCCCAAGAAGAAGAGGGGGCGGCCCAAGAAGAUCAGGCCCGAGGAGCAACAGUUCCUGCUGCAACAGCAGCAGCAACAACAACAGCAACAACAACAGCAGCAACAGGGCAUGCUGCCGCAGAUGGCGGGCGCGCUGCAGGACCAGUUCCCCGCCGCGCCGCAGCCGCAGCCCCAGCCCCAGCCGCAGAACCCCGACAUGGACAUGAUGUCCGACUACCCGCCCUACUUCCAGCACGGCGGCAACAUGGAGUCCGGGAUGGAAGUCGCGGCGCCGCUCGGUCUGGCGCGCUACUCGUCGCCGGGGCCGGGCGGGGGUGCGGGUGGUGCGGGGGGCGGCGGCGGGUUCCCGGCGGCCUCGCCGCGCGGCGUGUACGCGUCGCCGCGCUCCGCCGGGUACUCGCCGGGGCCGCCGGGGCCGCCGGGGCCGCAGCGGCAGCAGGGCACGCCGCAGCCGCAGUACCCGUCGUCGCCGGCCGCGUUCUCGGCGCCGUCGCCGCCGCGCAGCAACCCGUACGGGUCGCCGGCGCGCGGCGGCGUGGUGGGCGGCGUGUACCCGGGCCGCAGCCCGCUGUACGCCGCCAGUCCGGCGCCCUACAGCCACGCGGCCGGCUCCCCGCACGUGCGCCUCGAGGACGGCUACGACCACCGCCAGCCCGAGCCGCAGUCGCAGACCCCGCGGCCGUACUCGCGCUCGCCCGCGCCCCUCGCCGCGGGCGCCGCCUUCCCCGCGGCCUCCCCCGCCGCGCACUCGUACACCCCCUCCCCCGCGCACACCCCCUACAGCCAGCACUCCUCCCCCGCGCCGCGCACGCCCAACGCCGCCUACCCCUCGCACCCCUCCCCCGCCCCGCUCCCGCCCCUCCCGCACCGCUCUACGGGCAGCGCCGGAUCGUUCGCCGGGGAGUUGUCCAGCGAUAUCGGCGCGGCGAUAUCUUCACCGAACGCCUCGCCGGGACUCACGUUGGACUUCGAGCCGCCGCACGCCGGGGAUAGUGGCGAACGGGAGCGAUCGCCGCUCGGAUCUACCGACAUGCAUCCGGGCAGCGGCAGUGAUGAGUCGCUACAGGAUUAUAACAAGACGAAUUCCGGCGUGAGCGAGAUGUCGCCGGGUGGCGGCGGCGGCGGCGUCAGCAACGUCGGCGGCGGCGGCGGCGUGGCGGCGAGCUCGUUCGGCGCGGGGCUGUACGACGGCGCCGAGCGCCUCGCCUACCCCCACCCCCACCCCCACCACGCGCCGCACGCGCUGCACGACCCCGCACAUAAAGACCAUUACCACUACCGUGACCAAGGAAGCAACAUGGGUGACAGUCCACGAUUAGACCACUUACAACAGCAUCCCUCCAUGUACUCUAGCAAUUUUAAUAGAUCGACGCCGGAGGGCGGAGGUGAAGGACCGUUCUCUCCACACGCGCCCGCUUUCCGCCCGCCAGAACACACGUCGCACUCGCGACCACCCGGAUCGCCGGGCGAGUUCGCGAGCGGCGCCAAGCCGAAGCCGCAAGACGUCGCGUCCAAGUCCCUCUCGGGGCUCGAGUCGCUCGUGGACCAGAUCCCGUCCAUCGCGGAGGGUGCGGGGGUGGGGGGUGCGGCCGGUGUGGGGGGUGUCGGGGGUCCCGGGGGCCCCGCCGGCCCCGCCCCCGCGCCCGAGCCCGCCGCGCCCGUGGCCUCGCUGCCGGAGUACGCGCCCGCGCUCUACCCGCCCUACGGCUACGGCUCGCCCGCCUACGCCAACAACGGGUCAGUAUCGCCCCGCCCCGCCCCGCAGCAGCAACUCUACUACGGCUCCUACAACAACGGGUACGGCGCGCCGUUCGUGGGGUACGGCGGCGGCUGGGGCGGGCAGCUGAUGCGGCCCACGCCCGGCUACCUGUCCGAGUGGCAGUACGGCUACUCCGGCGUGCCGGGCGUGCCGGGCGUGCCGGGCGUGGCGUCCGUGGCGUCCGUGGCGUCCGUGGCGGGCAGCUACGCGCCCUACAACGCGCCCUACUAUAAUGGAUACGCGCCGCCCCCCGCGCAUCAUCAGCAGGCGCACUACCUGUCGCCGCCGUCGCUGAUGGAGCUGCACAAGAGCGGCGACGCGCCCGCGCCCGUGCCCGCCGUGCCGUCCGUGCCGUCCGUCGGCUUCGGCGGCUUCUGCUAGCCGCGUCCGGCGCCACGCCGGCGCCGGCCCGGCACGGACACGGACACGCAUCCGGCACGGAGAGAGCUUCAUUUUGACGGAGCGGAUAUGAUGUAGCAAAAAUUAAAUGUCAUUUGGGAGAGGAUUUUAUCGACGUUUUUAUGCAUCGAUCAAUAAUUUGAUCGUGACUUGAAUAUUACUGAUUGAUCUGUGAUUAUAGACAUAUUCGCUUGGGUCGUAAAAACCUAGUAAAGUGCACGGUCAACGAAAAUAUUACACAUGUAAUAAUAAACGAUACAAUUUAGUGUCACUCGUAAUUUCGUUAGUUUUACCAGACAUAAUGCCAAUGUGUUUAGAUCUGAUAUUAUCAUAUUACAAUCACUAGAAUUUUUGAAUAUAAUUUACGUGCGGGAUAAGUUUUCAACUAUCGAGACUGUGUUGAUUAAAACUAAAGACAAUAGAGUUUCGGAUGUAUAAUAUAACAGUCGAUAGAGUUCUUGCUCUUCCUUGUGAAGUUUAAUAUUUGCGACAUCCGCGCUCCGUUCAUAGCCCUUAUUUGUAAAUAUUGUAUCUUUUGUCCAUCACAUUUUGUAUUAGGUAGAUUGUUUUCGGUCGUUCGCCGGCGGGGCGGCGUUGCACUGUAAGGGGAUAUUCGGAGUCUUGCCAGUGAAGUUUCGCGUUCUAGUCACUUACUAAUUCGUGUGG